UUUGAACCGAAAGCGGAGUGUGACCUUCCCAUGCGACGGAGACCGGCAGGAGACCGAGAGAGAGGAUCCAUGUCAGCACUCCCGUCAACAAACCUCGACACGGAGAUGAACAGCAACUUAGCUGGAGAUGAAAUCGGGAAGCUUUUUGUGGGUGGAUUGGAUUGGAGCACCACCCAGGAGACAUUACGAAACUACUUUUGUCAGUAUGGAGAGGUUGUGGAUUGUGUCAUCAUGAAAGAUAAAAGCACAAAUCAGUCCAGGGGCUUCGGCUUUGUGAAGUUUAAAGACCCCAACUGCAUACGGACUGUCCUGGACACCAAACCUCAUAACUUGGAUGGUAGAAAUAUUGAUCCAAAACCAUGUACGCCUAGAGGUAUGCAGCCUGAAAAGACUCGGGCAAAAGAUGGCUGGAAAGGAAGCAAAAGUGACAGCAAUAAAUCUAAGAAGAUAUUUGUGGGUGGAAUUCCUCAUAAUUGCGGAGAAGCUGAACUCAGGGAAUAUUUCAACAGAUUUGGAGUGGUCACAGAGGUGGUAAUGAUCUAUGAUGCAGAGAAACAGAGGCCUCGAGGUUUUGGAUUUAUUACUUUCGAGGCUGAACAAUCAGUGGACCAGGCUGUCAACAUGCAUUUUCACGACAUCAUGGGCAAAAAAGUUGAAGUGAAGAAGGCGGAGCCUCGGGACAGCAAUGCUCCCGCCUCCGGUCAGCUGGGAGCUAAUCAGUGGGGGACCCGAGCCAUCUUAAGUGCAGCCAAUGGCUGGGCAGCACAACCAGCUCCGAGCUGGCAGCAGAGCUACGGGCCUCAGGGUGUUUGGGUGUCUACAGGUCAACCUCUUGCUGGGUAUGGACCUCCUUUAACUGCUGGCCGAGGGGCACCCACACAUCCUCCCUCUCCAUUUAAUGCAUUUAUAGUCACAGCGCCACCUACAGGGGGAUUCGGGGCACCUCAGGGAUAUCCCCAACAGGGCUUUAGCACACAGCCUCAGUUUGGAUAUAGCUUUAGCACACCUCAAGGUGACCAGUUUGUAGCACAGGGAGUGCCUCCCCAUUCCGCAACACCAGGGGCAGGACAUCUAGGUUUUGCCCCGGCAACAACUCCCACUCAGGACCUGAGCAAAGCCGCCCAAGCACAGCCAGACUUCUCCUACAGCCAGUAUGGUUAUGGGCAGGACCUGAGUGCUUUUGGUCAUAGCUUUGCAGAUCCCAGCCAGCAAACUGCCUCAUACGCUGCAGCCCCCUCCGCACCCUCGUCAGCAGCCCAGCCGGCAGUGGGCAGCUUUGGACGAGGACAGAACCACAAUGUACAGGGCUUCCACCCCUACCGACGCUGAGCUGCUGUCCUACCCCCACUGCAAUACACAUCGUCAGGGAUACAGACGUUUUAAUCGCAUACUGAACUGGAUUUUGGGAUUGUUUCUUUCGGAAGAUUGCAAAUACAAGGUUUAUUGUGUGUAAAUUGUGAAACAGGGGCUCUACUCCGAUAAUAGGAGACCACCGUACUCUUCUAUAUUUUCUAGUAGGACUAACUACUGAAGUAUUUAGCAAUAGAUUUGGAUUGUCUGGUAAAACAUCAGCACAGAACAGAUGCACCAGACAUCAGUGACAGGGUCUCCCAAUUAUCAGUUUUAAUUCUGUUAGUGGGGAAAUGUUUUUAUUUUCAAUUUUGUGAAUUUUGUUUACUCUAUAAGCCUUUUACCAUUUAUUUAAGUUUGAAAUAGAUUACAAAUGUCUAUUAUACACCUAAACUGUGCAAUUUUUUAAAGAAUUUUGUACUUCUAUAUGUGCGCUUGUUUUAAUUUUUUUUUUUCUUGUUUUUACAUUUUCUUUUUAUUAUUAUUUAAGGAUGUAGACUUUCCUCAGGUGGCUAUUAGUGCACUUUGCACUUAUGCAAAAAAGAAAAAAAAUGAGAGUUUAUUUGAAAUAAAUGAUUUAAAGAAAAUGAACGUUGUGCAAGUUCAUUGUGGUGGCUGUUGGCAUUUAAAUUCACAGAAAUGAGACUGUGAAAGGCCUUUAAUUUAUCUGUUUGUUCAAAUUCAAAGACCAGGAAUUGUUUUCUUUAUGAAUGGAAAAAGGUGUAUAAUGUCCACAAUUUGAGAUAGUUUGUCAUUAUCCCAGUAUUUAAUUAUAUUACAAUAAGUAUAUUUAUUGGUAGUUGACAUAUGUACUUGAAUUUUAGGUAAAAAGUUAUGAAUGUUUGGGAUGGGACGGUAUAUUUAAUUUUGAUAUAUCGUGAACCAAACAAAUUAUUUACCAUGUCGAGGCAAACCUCAAAAUUUUUCAAAAUUGUCAACAUUGUUUCCUGUCCAUGUAAUGUUUCCAUAAAGGAAAUGACCCAUCAAAAAUUUAAAUCUAUAUAGCUUGAUUUUACCACUGCUGUGCUUUGCACAAGGUCCUUCAAGUACUUAAAGUGCUUGAAUUUAGCUUUUAGAAAUGUAAGUACUGGAAUACGUGACAAUCACAAUGUUUUGUUGAAAAAUGCUUGCGAUUAAAACAACAUUUCUUCCGUGUAAUGUGUGUCCAUAAAAGAUUAAAUCCACGCACUCCACUUUCUCUGAAUAAU